UAUCUAUAAUCUGUAAUCAGAAUCUCCAUUGAUCUCCUCAGACUCAAUUGAAAUCAGUUCAAAAUACAACAAUGGAGAAUGAAACCAAACAAGUUAUUAAGCACAAGAAUAUGGAUAUCUUCCACAUCCUCAAACAAACUAUAAUCAUCUAUUUCAAAAACAUCAACUUCAUCCUCUUCACUUUCCUCACUUCUCUUCCUUAUUUUUUCCUCAUGCUUUACUUUGAAACUCUGUUCCAACAAACUGUAGUUCAAACACCACAAAUCAUCUCAUCUUUGCCUUUUCUAGAAAAAAAUCCAAUUCGUUUCCAAUCCAUUUCCAUUACCAACAACAUCCUACUCAUCGAUGUCCCAAGUUUUAGCGAGGAUUAUUUACCUGUUUUGCUUCAGCUUGCUUUAAUUUACACUUUCCCUCUUCAUUUUCUAGAAUUCUGUUCUACAGUUAUAACUAUGAAAUUGUCUUCAAAGCUCAUUAGUUCAGACAACAAAAUGAGUCUCAAAGACAUGUUUCAAAAUUCCAUUGACAUAUCAAUGAUGAUAGGAACAUUUAUAACUUCUUUGUAUGUUCUUACUUUAUCAAAUUGUCUCCUAAUUGCAUUCCCAUGGACAGUGAGUAAUUGUUACAGUUUGUUUAGUGUUUUUGGGUUGUACCUAUUAGUUCCAUUGAUUUGUUGUGUAGCUGUUGGAAAGUUGUUGAUGGUGUAUUUGGAAUGGAGUGCUAUUUGGAAUAUGAGUAUUGUGAUAUCAGUUUUGGAUGGUAUAUAUGGUGUUGGUGCUUUGAGAGUUUCAUAUUUUUUCAGCAGUGGUAAUAGAAAAAGAGGACUUCUUUUGAUGCUUGUUUUCUUUGUUUUUGGAAUUUGUCUAAGGUUAAUAUGUAUCUACUUUGAAUGCUAUAAAGGAGGAAAUGGAAUUUUUCUACAGAUUGGGAUUCUUACUGUGGUGAAUACAUUGAAAUGGGUUUCUUGUGUGAUUUAUUUCAAUGAUUGCAAGGAGAGGAAAUUGGAGAAGAUAGCUGAUUUGGAAAAAGGUAAAGUUAAGCUUGAAAGUAAUGCCCCAAAAGAAUGAAUGUAGGUUUUUUUAUUUAAUUUCUUUGAUGUGAAAAUAACAAUUGAAUGCUUGAACAAGAGUAAUAAUGAUGUUAUUUUCAUUAUUCUAUACUAUUUUUCAUCAGGUCUGAGAUAUUGAAUAUGAAUAAUGUUCACUUCUUAAA